CCAGACUGUGCGCGUUCACUCAAUAUUCCACCGCUCGCUCGCCGGCCCCGGUGUGGUGGCGGCAGCAAAACGGCAAACACGCCUCGCGCGUCAAUAUUCCAUUCUCUCGCGAAUAGUUUUACAAUAAACAUUAGAUUUACACUCAAAUACGACUUAACCGUAAACAUUACAUAACCUCAAAUUAAAACUAGUGUGUUUAUAGUGUUUUCCUGACUAGUUAUCAAUAUAAAUGCGUGUUUAAUAUCAGAUGUGCGGAAAUGGAGGUGCGGAUUAGCAUUGUGGUUGCACUCGUCACACUUUGUGUUUACGUGAGUGGACUACCAGAUGUCAUCAGAAUCGGUGGUCUUUUUCAUCCGGCUGACGACAAGCAAGAGGUGGCAUUCCGGUAUGCGGUGGAGAAGAUCAACAACGACAGGACAAUCCUGCCACGUUCGAAGCUGAGCGCACAAAUCGAGCGCAUGUCGCCGCAGGAUAGUUUUCACGCCUCGAAGAAAGUCUGUCAUUUACUGCGUUCGGGGGUGGCGGCAAUCUUUGGCCCCCAGUCGGCGCACACAGCCUCCCACGUGCAGAGCAUCUGUGACACAAUGGAGAUCCCGCACCUGGAGACCCGCUGGGACUAUCGGCUGCGGCGCGAAAGUUGCCUAGUCAAUCUCUACCCGCAUCCGACCACUUUAUCCAAGGCUUACGUCGAUUUGGUGAAGGCGUGGGCCUGGAAAUCUUUCACAAUCAUCUACGAAAACAACGAAGGGUUGGUACGCCUGCAGGAACUCCUCAAAGCGCAUGGUCCGUAUGAGUUUCCAAUCACUGUGAGGCAAUUGGGAGAAGGAUCUGAUUAUCGCCCAUUAUUAAAGCAGAUUAAAAACUCAGCCGAAUCGCAUAUUGUCCUUGAUUGUUCCACGGAGAGAAUCUACGAUGUGCUUAAACAAGCACAACAAAUCGGCAUGAUGAGUGAUUACCACAGCUACUUGAUAACGUCGCUGGACUUGCACGGCGUAGACCUGGAGGAGUUCAAGUACGGCGGGACGAACAUCACCGCCUUCCGGCUGGUGGACCCCGAAGGCCCGGACGUUAAGCGGAUUGUGCGAGAUUGGUCGUUGGGCGACGGCCGGCGCAAAACUGAUAGCAAUUUGGAUAAUAAUACGUUUGUUAAAGCGGAAACUGCAUUAAUGUACGAUGCAGUCCACUUGUUCGCGAAAGCUCUGCACGAUUUGGACACCAGCCAACAGAUUGACAUUAAACCACUGAGUUGCGACGCGCUGGAUACCUGGCCGCAUGGAUACAGUUUAAUUAACUACAUGAAGAUUGUCGAGAUGAGAGGACUCACAGGCGUGAUAAAGUUCGACCAUCAGGGCUUUCGCAGCGAUUUCGCGCUGGAUAUCAUCGAUCUGAGUCGCGAAGGGUUGAAGAAAAUUGGCACGUGGAAUUCUACCGAGGGUGUUAAUUUUACACGGACCUACGGCGAGGCGUACACACAAAUCGUUGAAAUUAUACAGAAUAAAACCUUUGUUGUGUCGACAAUAUUGAGUUCACCUUAUUGUAUGCGAAAAGAUUCAUCAGAGAAGUUAACAGGAAACGCGCAAUUUGAAGGAUAUGCAGUCGAUUUAAUUCACGAAAUUUCACGAAUUCUCGGCUUCAAUUACACUAUCAAACUGGCACCUGACGGUCGCUACGGAUCAUUAAAUCGUGAAACUAAAGAAUGGGAUGGGAUGAUGAAAGAGUUAUUGGAUCAGAAAGCAGACCUGGCCGUGGCGGAUUUGACCAUAACAUAUGAUCGUGAGCAAGCCGUGGACUUCACGAUGCCGUUCAUGAACCUCGGCAUCAGCAUCCUCUACCGGAAGCCGAUCAAGCAGCCCCCGAACUUGUUCUCUUUCCUGUCUCCACUCUCGCUCGACGUUUGGAUCUACAUGGCUACUGCUUAUCUUGGCGUUUCCGUUUUGCUCUUUAUUCUUGCGCGAUUCAGUCCGUACGAGUGGGACAACCCGCAUCCGUGCAAUAGUGAGCCCGAUGUGUUGGAGAACCAGUUCACGUUGUUGAACUCGCUAUGGUUCACCAUCGGCAGUCUGAUGCAGCAAGGCUCCGAUAUUGCGCCGAAAGCGGUGUCAACUCGGAUGGUGGCUGGGAUGUGGUGGUUCUUCACACUCAUCAUGAUUUCAUCCUACACUGCGAACCUGGCUGCGUUUCUAACUGUCGAACGUAUGGAUUCACCUAUUGAAAGCGCUGAGGACCUAGCCAAACAAACAAAGAUUAAAUACGGUGCUUUGAAAGAUGGAUCAACUGCUGCAUUCUUCCGGGAUUCUAACUUCUCCACGUACCAACGAAUGUGGUCUUUUAUGGAAUCAGCCAGACCAACUGUUUUUACGAUGAGUAAUGUCGAAGGAGUCGACAGGGUAGUAAAAGGCAAAGGUAGCUAUGCGUUUCUGAUGGAAUCCACAUCAAUCGAGUACGUGAUUGAAAGGAAUUGCGAAUUAACUCAAGUUGGAGGAAUGUUAGACUCGAAAGGUUAUGGCAUUGCGAUGCCACCAACCUCGCCAUUCCGUACGGCCAUCAGCGGUGCAAUUCUGAAACUGCAAGAAGAAGGAAAGCUACAUAUCUUGAAGACGCGCUGGUGGAAAGAAAAACGCGGCGGUGGCUCGUGCAGGGAUGAUACAACAAAAGCGUCUAGCACCGCCAACGAAUUGGGUCUGGCGAACGUUGGCGGCGUAUUCGUUGUGCUCAUGGGCGGCAUGGGGGUGGCGUGCGUGAUUGCUGUCUGCGAGUUCGUGUGGAAGUCGCGCAAGGUGGCCGUCGAGGAACGGGUGAGCAGCAUCCUACACGACACGUAGCUGUAAGCUGCACAAAAAAUCAAUAUGAAAGCAUGCGAACGAUCCGAACGUAGGCAACCCAAUAAUCACAAUCAAAAAGCGAGCCAUAACCAAAUUAUUCAUGGCGGAAACGUGUGUGCCAACGGAUAUCUAAUUAACUGCCAAAUAAGUAUUACAAUUUAAACUAUUUCCAAUCUAUAUUUACGUCUUAACUAAUAAUUUACCGAAAUUCUACUUUCGCUUAAUGAGAAAAAGUAUUAAACACACCACGAUGCUCAGCUCAAAAUCGAAUCAAAGUGAAUCGAUGUGUACAUAAAUAUUUAUGAGAAUUCUUACUGAUUAAGCCAAGAAAACAGGUUUUAAUAAACAAAAAGAAUUAAUGUUUUAAUGUGAACCAAAAGACAUGCGUAGAAAUUAUGUAAAUAUUUAAACGUUUUGAUAUUAUAAGCGAGACGAACGUUGAAUUUAUUAAAUAUGUGACUGUUGCUUAAUUGGUUUAGGGUUUAGGAGUGUAUUGAGAAUUGGACGCAUGUGAGGAAACGAAUUUAUUGACAAUAUCAAAAUAUCAAUCAACACAUUUAGAAGUGAAGUUAAAAAAAAUUAUUAAAAACACGGUUAUCUCAUCAUACUUACGCAUUGUUUAUGAAUAUUGUUAAUGUUUUAGCGCAUUUGUUGACUUUUGUAAAUCAUACUCAUUCACUUCAAUCAUGUUAUGCUCUAUAUGUCUCUGUAAACUUGUGUGUUGGUUGGCAAAACACCGAAUAACAAACUGAACAAACGAAAGCUACUAAUGCCAUG